CUCAAAUGGGUCAUCCGAUCAUCGACCCGUGCAGCCCAGAAGACCCCCAGUAACGCAGAGGAACAGAUCUACGAGCUGUUCCUCCGCCUCGCUUUCUGGUUCCGUGACACUGACACCCGCCGUCCUUCUCUCAUGAUCAACUUCGACCAGACACAAGUCAUCAUGGCCGACACCAGCGCGAACACUUUUGACGUCGAGGGCUCGAGACAAGUCUCCGUCCUUGGGAAGGAGGAGAAGCGCGCCUUCACGGCAGUGGUAGGCGUGUCGGCGUUGGGCGAUGUGCUCCUGAUGCAAUUUGUCUUCAAAGGAGCCACUGAGCGCUCUGCACCUUCUUCAACCGCACGAGGACAAGACAAAGCCAACAACCUGGGCUUUCUCUACUCAUUGAACCCCCUCACGUACUGGUCUGACCUUUUGACGAUGGAACUUUAUUUUGCCAAGAUCAUUGUCCCUUACUUCUCCCAACAGAAGCAGCUCCUGGGCUACCCAGAUGAUCAGGAGUGCAUCGUGCUCCUUGAUUGUUGGUCAGUCCAUCGGAGCAAGGCUUUUCGUGCCCUCAUCCGAUGUUGCUGGCCUUGGAUCCAGCUUCAAUUCAUCCCCGGAGGUACCACCAGCAUC